CGGUGCCGGGACACUCAGACAAGACCAGAUAUACAGCUCAGGACUGGACACUCAAGCUCAAGAGCGAGAGACCCUUUCCGAUCUCGUGCGGAAAAGUCCAGCGGUUGCUGUCUCGCAUCGGCAGCUCGUCGGACGUGAUCUCGAAUUGUUUGGCCAGUCUACCUGACUCUUGCCCGGACCAUGUCUGUCACCCUGGCAACGGUGCAGACCGGAUCAGCGACCCCGAGCGCUUCUUACACCCCAAAUAUCGUAAACAUGAACCAAGAUCGUCCCGGAGGGACUGCCGAUUCACCGUUCAUCGUCGCGGACACGGACGAGCCGAUGGUAGCGACGAUCCCGUCUCUGAGCAUACGGACCCAGGUUCAGGCUCAGGCUCGGCCCAGCUCGAGCAGGAGACAAAGUACUCCUCUGAGCUCGAGAUCCAAUCGAGUGAAUAACUCUGCAUCGCAAUUGAAGAAGAAGCCGGAGGAGAAGAGGGUGUUGCCCGUACGGAUGAGAGGGCUGGGAGGGUCAAGCGGAACAGGAUCUAAUAUCACGGGGAAAGACGUCGAGGAUAUGAUAUAUCAGUGUUUUUCUCGAACAUUACAUGCGUCGAAACAGCCGACAGAGGACUUGUCCAUCUGCCUAACAACUAGCCCGUACGAGACCAUCCGCCCGACCCUUAACAGGCGCGCCUACAAUAAACCAGAACCCGACUGGUGGACCUCCCCGCUUCCCGAUCCCGCUUCGAUCUUAGUCUCCCCGACAAGCUCUCGUAAGAUUGCGCUACCUUCACCGUCCCCGGGGAAGAAGAGACGGUUGUCUGGACUUGACGUGGGCGAGAUCACGCCCAUGGUCAAUGGGCGGAAGAAGGUCGUCAUGCCAGGGUUUCGGAAGGUUAUCGAAGAGGACGAUGUGGUGCCUAACGAGAAGCGAAAAACACGGGGUGCAGCCACGACGACGGAGCUCGAGGAUGAUAGCGAUGCGCAUUACCAGACUUUGCACUUGCGCUACGAGCGAUACGAAUCCCGAGCCCGGUUGGCAGAACGACAGAAGAUGGAGCAUGGCAGGUACAAGCUUAGUAUUCGGAUCGAGUACCUGGAAGGGUUGAGCGAUGAGGUAUGGGAAGGCGCGGUGAUGCGGAUGAUGCAACGGGGUAAACGGGUACGGCCGGUCGAAGAGCCCAAAAACGGGGGAGAUGAGGAAAAUACAGACCGGAAUGGGGAUCAAGCGGAAGGGUCCGAGCGGAAGAAACCCGAGAUCAAAUCGCUCGAAACGCUGCAAGCUGAAGAAGAAGAACGAACGUAUAUGGCGGUCAUGGAUGCUGGAGCUGCAUUGCUUGAUGUACUUACAAUACCUGGCUUGAAGCGAGAACUGGUUCGGGAGGGCAAGGAGCUCUUGGCGAGAUACGACCGGGUCUUGACCAAACCUAAACCUGAGCGGAUACCCGUUUCGGUCCCGCCACUGCCGGUCCAGCAACAAAAGGUUGAAAAGCGGGCACGAAGCCGGUCUUCUUCUCGAGAGUCUACCAUGACCCCCCCGCCACCCGAGACCGAAGAAGAAAUCGCCGCUCGUCGAGCCAUGCUGUCUUCUGCUCGCAAGCGAUCCGCCAGCCCUGAAAUCAUCGAUGCACGGAAACCUCCCAGCAAGCGGGCCGUACAAUCGCACAAUUCUACACACCCGGCACCAACGGUGUCUAGCAGACCGACUCGAUCGACCCGAGCUCAACCAACCUUACCACCAUAUUCGCCUUCAGCUUCAGCCCCGGUUAACCCCGUGUUCAUGCCAUACAUCGAACCUUACUACCCGCCCACGACAGAGUCUGGCAAACCAGCACUGGUAGAAGCUACAGAAAGACGGUUCGUCGCCCUACAAAACGCCGAGAAACUCCAGGAGAUGCAGGCCAAGCAGAAAGAGUCCGGAAAAGGUGGACAAGCCGGCGAUUCGAUGCGAAGCGGGAGGAGGAGCAGGACGGGGACGAUGCUGCCCUUUGGGGUGGCGCCUCCUCGGAUGUUGGGAUGGAAGAUGGACUUCGACCUAGAUGGUGACUUCUGGCGACCCCUCCUUACCGAACGAGGUUACGGCGAUGCGAUCGAUCCUCCCGACUUUCUACCGUUCGGUCUGGCUCACUUUGCUACGGGCGCAAGAGCCGAGGCUGAGGUCCAGGUCGGGCAAGGGGAAGGUACCGGGUCGGAUACGAUCGAGAUCGCCAAGCCGGACGUGACUCGUUGGGUCGGACAGACGAUGAUGGCGGUCGAUCCGCUUGACCCAACGCGGGCGGGAAAUCCAGAUCCAGCUGAGCCGGGAAUGAGCUUGCAGAUGGAGAUGGAAGUCGAUGUGAAGGUAAACGGGAAAGAAAAGGUCGAUCCGAUCCAUGUGAUCGACGUUGAUGAUGACGAGGACGAGGACGAGCAAGGGCGAAACGGGAUGGAAGUGAUCGAUGUCGACGAGGGCGUCGAGGCUGCCGUGGAAGAUGUAAUUUGAACGUGUCCGAUGAUGCGAUGGCGAAAGAUGUCGCCGAUGGCGAGCGAGCAGAUUUUGUGGCAGGAAACGAGACAAUGUGCAUCGAGUGAACAG